CUCAGGCGAGUGCAGACAUCAUUCUGAAAGUGCUGCACUGCUGCACAUACACAACCCUCACCUCCCUUAACACUUUCACCGCUCUCGGAAAUACAAAACCGACCUUAGAGAACAGAUCUCCCUCUGAACUACGAGAAGAGGUGGAUGAAAGAAGGAGAAAGUUAUGGAUGAAAGAAUAGCGCGACUGCAGGACAGACCUUUCCUGGAUCAUGCAGAUUUCUUGGGGGUCGAGUAUUCGUCUCUGUACAUGUGUAAAUCAAAAAGAGGAAUGAAGAGAGAGGAAGGAAAGGACGCUUACAAGUUACCCCACAGACUGAUUGAGAAGAAGAGGAGGGACAGGAUAAAUGAAUGUAUCGGACAGCUGAAAGACUUACUACCCGAACAUCUAAAGCUGACGACGCUGGGUCAUCUAGAGAAGGCGGUGGUUCUGGAGUUAACUCUGAAGCACUUGAACGCUCUGACGGCGGUAACAGAGCAGCAGCACCAGAAGAUCAUCGCUCUGCAAAACGGUGACCGGUCACUGAAGUCCUCCAUCCAAGCUGAUCUGGACACCUUCCAUUCAGGCUUCCAGGCGUGUGCCCGGGAGGUGGUGCAGUACCUUGGCAAGGUGGAGAAGUGGACAAGCCGUGAGCAGCGCUGCACCCAGCUGGUGGACCACCUGCAUAAAGUGUCUGCACAGCUCCUGCAGCACCCACUGACCAAUGGUGAAGGCCAUGAGCGUGAGGGUCACGCCAAAGACGGUCAUGCCAAUUGCGUGCCAGUCAUCCAGAGGACUCAGCACCAAGAGCUGAAUGAGAAUGACACAGACACUGACAGUGGCUAUGGUGGUGAGGUGGAGGUGAAGAGUGAUGGGCGGCCAGACAGAGUAGGGGACGCUGGGGCAGUAAAAGGACUUAAAAUCAAGCAAGAAUUUGGGAGCGAUGAGCAGCGGCCGGCCAAAAAGCCCAAGCUUAGUUGGUCGGCAGGUGGUGCUGCUGGCACGGACGCUGCCAGCCGACCGGAAAUGGCUUUUAUGAACUCACUGAUGGCGGGAAUGGCAGGCGUGGGGCAGCAGACACCCUUCUGCAUGCCUUUUUACUUCAUCAACCCAUCAGCAGCUGCCUCAUAUGUGCCCUUUCUGGACAAGAGCCAUAUGGAGAAGCUGGUUUAUCCGCUGGCAACCCCUUUCCCCUGGCUCUAUCCAGGGCUGCCCACUGCAGCAGCUGCUUUCAACUCCAAAAGCUUCGAGACCCCAUCCAAGGAUGAAGAUUCUUCUCCUUCUCCUUCUGCUACUGAUCUGGAGAGCCGAGCAGAGGCCUCCUCGCCUUUAGCAGAGGAGCACGGCUCAGAAAUUGAAAAUACAGAAGAGCAGAGCCAAAGUGAAGAAAAUGAGGGUACAUAGACCAUCUGUCAGUUCUCACCUUGUUUUUUUUUUUGGCUUGUAAAAUUGCGUAGCCUAUUUAUCCGUUCCUUAAUUUAAUGGUCGUAGAGUGUUCUGUAGCCCUGUAGAUGUUUCUAUGGAGUUUCCUGGCGAAAUCUGUACUUUCAUUUUGUAUCUCUUUUUAAAAGAAACAGUUUGGCGAAAAUCAAAUGAGCAAAGUUUUCCUUACAACUCAAAGGUGAUCAGCUAGUGACACAAUUUGUUGUUCAAAGUUGGCUUCUUUGGAACAGUAAUAAAAUAAAUGCAAAUACUAAAUGUUGGGUGACCGCAGACUUUCAUUACCUGUUAGCUACUUUAGCCCAAAACUAAAUAAGCCAAUAAUGGACACCAACUAUGUCUUUGUUGAUCAUCUUCAUUUGGGAUAUGGAGAAUGUUGUGCAGGUUUGAUUUUUGACCAAACUGUUACUUUAAGUGUUUGCAGAACAGGGUUUUAUCGUCCAGUUGGUCUUUAGCUACUGUGGGGAGAAUGACUGGGGGACGUUGUAACAACUCAGUGCCUUCUGCACUCAAUCCUUGAGCUAUUUUGAAUGGAAAUCGACAGUGAUUGACAAGCCUAUGUCUGUCAUUAUAGCCAUUAUUAAUCAAUGGCAUUAAAGCGUCUUAAGCAAGAAAAACAAAAACGCAGAUUUGUUCUUUUUUUUGUUAUUUGCUUAGGAAAUGUAGUCUAGUGCAAUACUCCAUUAACGCUCUGUGAGCUACAACCAACUGCACCUCUUUUUAUCAAGGAUUUGGAAACAUAUUGGCCUCUUGGAUGUACCGUAUGAUAGUGACCUCAAGCAAGCUGAAGCACCUGCUUUAGCAACUUUUUUAAUUUUUUUGGUAUAACUACUGGAUUGAUGGUGAGGAUCGUUUUUUUUUGUUUUGUUUAUUUUUUUGUAAUCUUCAGUGCUUGAAAAUAGUUACUUAAAUACCUCAACAUACUUUUAGCAUUUAGACAUUUUAGAUCAGGAUCCGUUCAUUCCUAGAGAGUCCUAGAGAAAAUGCUCCUCUGGCAGGGGUACUGCAGUAACUUUCUUGGAUAGGAUGGGAGUGGUUUCUGUUUAAAUAAAAAAAAUAAAAACGUAACAAUCCUCUGACAUACUGUUACGACAGCCCCCUGCUCUCUCCCCCCGACUCUCCAGUAACCCAUUCGGACUUAAGUUUAAGUGAGAAAGGUGUGGAAUGGCACUUUGAAUAUUAAAGGCUUGGAGGUGACUGUGAUUCAAGGAUGUUGACUUCAGGCCAAUUUUUGGACAAAUUUAUAAGGCUAAGCUGGACUAAACCACACCAUCUGUGUGAGCCUGGGACUUACUGUGUGUCUCCUUGGAGAAACGGUUUUUAUGGCCCCUGUGAAGGGCGGUCCCCAGCAAAAACAACCAACAAAAAUAUGUUAGCACCUUAUGGAACUUUGAUAUUGAAUGUAAUGUGUGUUUUGGUAGAUCUGAAAGUUUGUAAAUAUUCUGAUUAAAAAGUAAAACUUUAAUCCGCAAGGUAAAGUGCACUUGUUCAUGCCUUUUCUGUUCCUUCAACACACUCCUCACAUGCACCUGUUUCUAAUCCAUUGCCCUUUGUAUUCCAACUGUAAUAAGUAUUUUCUUAACAAAAUCCUGACUGACUGGCAAUUCUCAGACUCAAUGUAUCUUGAAUAAAUGUACAAAUGACAGUAUAUAUAAUAGCUACACGUUUCAGUACUUCAGUUCUUUCAGUCAGCUUUCGGGUGUCAUGCUUUGUUGAUAAAUGCCUAUGAUUUCAGUAGCUGUCUGGCUAAAGCAAUUAAAGCAACGUGUGUAUUUUGCCUUACUUAGUACUGCUUUCAUCCACAACAUUAAAUGGUGAGAUGAUGUAACACUGGCUAAGGUCCCAAUCAGCAGUCACGGCAGAGAACAACUUUUCAGGCAAGUUAUUAUUACUACAGCAACAACAAAGGCUUCAUUGCUUUUUAAAUAACAAAAAGAAAAGUGUGUAUCUGCGGGUGUGUAUUCACCGCGGCCUGUGCUACUAAACUCAGAGCUGCACCUGUGGCCGCAGCAGUCUCUCUGGUGUAACAGCUGCUGACUGGGACUUUACGUCUUGUGUAACAUGCAGAGUGCAUGUUGCUCUGCACGUGCCCACACAAGAAUGCAGACGACCUUGGACUGGAGGAAUGUAAGAAGGACGCAUUGAUUUUACUACCUUAAAAGAUCAAUGUUGGACUGUGACAAGGAGCUUUCCUGUUGUUCUAAGUUUGUAAUGUUUCUUUAAGUUUGUCAGAAGUGAGGAGAAUGGUAAGAAUGACCAUUAACUUUGGCAUCGAGUAAUUUGGUAGGCCCCUUGUUCUUAGCUUCUUUGCCACAGCUGUCUUCUUGGCCUAAGCAGCAGCACGUGUCAUGUAAAUAGUAUGUGAAUAUGCUCAAUGUCCAAUGUUCAUGUUGUAGAUGAUUUAUGGAUUUUAUAAAGGAUAAAACUGAGCAACUGUUGCACAUUUUUUUCCGUUAACGCUUUACACUGUUGCUGUUCUAAAUUAUUGCCGCACAGUUGUCAAAUAAACUUCAAAAACUA